AUGGCGAGUACCUCAGAACCCGCCUCUUCGCCAGAAAUCGAAAGCGAACAACUAAUUCGUCGUACUUCCAAACGAAGAACUCUCAACCCUGAAUGCUCUGCGCAGAUCGGGGAAUCAAGUAGAUCGGCCUCCGAAGUCCCACCACACCUGGUUCGCUGUUCAACAGGAGCUUCAAACUUGUCGUCGUCAGUUCGUCGCCAAGAGGAAAGUACCGAACUGACUCCGGAUGUACUUGCACAAGAAGAAGAUCGGUUCGUACCCCUGGGAUUCUCGAUCGAAGAUAUCGAUCCAUUGUACGACCACGAAGGACGAAUUGGAGGCGAAAAAAGUUUGAGUUCGACUAAGUCCGUGAACGACAUGCUGAACUCGUGUGGCUUAUUCAACAGCAACGUCACAAUUUUGAUUCCGCGAGAAGACCAACACCCCUGGAAUCCCCCGGAAGGGUAUAUAUGCUUGUAUGAGGGUUACUUUGACGAGUGUCGCCUCCUGUUCCCAAUCCUGGAAUUAAUAUCACUCUACGCCCAAAGACGGAGGAUAGCGAUCUGCCAGUUCGUUCCCGGAGCCAUUUGUAACUUUAUGGCCGCCCUUACCAUAGCAGCCGAAGUCGGCGUCAACAUUGGAGUUCAAUGCUUCGAACAACUAUCCAGCUUUAAGUUGUCGAAGAGUUCGAACCGCUGGGAAGUGAAUAUGAGGCCAGCCCAUAAUUUCCUCCUCGGUAAAAAAGUAAACAAAUUCAAGAAGUAUGUGGACCACUACUUCUAUGUCCGCGUUGACCAGUACUCGCUUGCCAAUCCGUUGGGUUUUCAGCGGAGAGUGUGGAAUGAAAAUCCUGAUCGUCCGUUUUGCGCAACGCGCCUAGCUCCAAACUUUCUCCUUGUCAGAGACGCUUUGCUAAUCGGGUACGAUCGUCGGUGGGAGCUUAUUACUCGUAUUCGUAUCGAAACAGCAAUGGGCAAGGCUAGGACAAAUUUUCCAAGUUUCGCCAGUUCGCUAGGACGAUCUACUGGAUGCAAUAUCAUGGAACCCAAAGAUCUCCAGGGUCGAACCGAAGUCGAUCCUACCCUAGACCAAACCGUCGCCGAGCCAAUUCAGGCACCCGGAGGAGAUAUCAAACCAUGCGAUGUUACAGAGGGAGACACUCUUCCUUUGGCUUUGGAGAACACCGAUCUCCCGGACGAAGAACAGGAUGUUCCUCAACUUGAGAUCGGAUCCAAAAGAAAAAAGAAGAAGAAAAAGCAAUCCGAAGAUGACCCAACCACUGAGCCGCGACCGGUAAUGAACCGCAAACGCUCGGCCGAAGAAGCCGGACUGGAAUUUGCCGAUCGAUUCCGUCUGGAAAGGAGGAAUGACAAAACUGAUCGCUUCUCCUAUCACUACUUCGGCGACUACCCUCUUGUGACCAAUCGUGAGGCUUCAGGCGAGCUCUUCCGGACCUUGAAGGUCUCCAAUCGAAUCCUCCCGCCUGCGGACGACCUGGAAUUCAAACAGGCGUACCUUGAUGUCGCCGAGUCCCACCUAAGAACUGCCGCCAAGAUGAACACGCUAACUCAGUUAUAUGAUAGGCAUGCCAAGUCCAGCAAAAAGUCGGGAUUGGAGCUCGAAAAAGUGAAGGAAUGCGCCAAGCAGAUCCGAGCCGCCAGUGACGCUAAGGACGCGAGGAUCAAGGAACUCGAGGCGCUUGUUGCCGAAAAAGACAGCAUCAUUGCCAACGUCGAACUGAGGCUUGCAUUCGAAGUUAAGAGACUUCGGACGGAUCGAUGGGAGAAGGUGGAACGAACAACGAAGAAAGCGCAGUCCCGACUGAAUAAGGUCAAGGCCUAUCUAGUUGAACAGGUGAAGGUUCGCCCCCUAGAAGAUCUGCUGAACCAAGCCACCGGAGUACAGGAAGCUGUACAAUAUCUGAUCGAAAACGGGGCCGUCAUUCCUGAAGAGCGAAUCAAGGAGAUCAACGAGAGAAAGGCCGAAGCCGAGGAAACUGUCAAGGCGGUCGAUGUACUCAAACUGAAUGAAGAUGACCUUGCCAUGUCCCCGGAUCAGCUCGGUUUUGGAUUUCCCCCCCCAGAGACGACGGCUCCGGAGUCCGUUGAACAUCCAUUCGGCUCGAACGCCGGGAGUUUUCAAGCAGAUAUGUCCGGUGCUGUGGACGUGUAA